UUCAACUACCGCCGAUCGAAAUCAGUAAAGCUAUGGGAUUUCGAUAGUAGGAAGAGGAUACACAAUAGACCUGCAGGAGAAAGAGGAGUUCCAACAAAAGAUAUAGUAUGCAAAUAUUGGAAGGCAGGCAGAUGUACAAGCAAUCCGUGUCAGUAUCGCCACAGUGAGCUGCCACAAUCAAGUAGCAACAUCAGGAUACAACAACCUUCAGAUCAGGGGAAUUUCUCUGGUUCCUGCUCAUUUCAGCGAAGAAAACAGAAUACCUACAAUCGAGCACCGCCUUCAUAUUGGGGCAGGGAUCAUGAUCAAGGUGGAGCAGUUAAUGGAAAGACGAUUUGCAAAUAUUGGAUGGAUAAUGAAUGUUCUUUCGGUGAAAGUUGCAAAUUCUUGCAUCCGUGGUUUGCCGGUGAUGAUUUCACAAUGUUGGCGCAACUUGCUGGACACGAGAAGGAGAAGGUCAUUAGCGGGAUUGCUUUACCAACAGGGACUAACAAAUUAAAAUUAUAUUCUGGUAGCAAAGAUGGAACCGUUCGGGUCUGGGACUGUCAAACUGGCCACUGUUCUGCUGUAAUUAACCUUGGAUCUGAAGUUGGGUGUGUCAUCAGUGAAGGACCCUGGGUCUUUGUUGGAAUUAAGAAUUGUGUCAAGGCUUGGAAUACUCAAACUAAUAGGGAACUCAGUCUUGGUGGUCCAUCUGGACAAGUUUAUGCCUUGGUUGUGGGAAAUGAAAUGCUAUUUGCUGCAACACAGGAUGGUAGCAUAUUGGUCUGGAAAUUUGUUGCCGCAACCAAUGGUUUUGAGCCUGCUGCUGCUCUUAAGGGUCAUGGUGCAUCUGUUCUUACGUUAGUCAUAGGCGCUAAUAGACUCUACUCUGGAUCCAUGGAUAACACAAUAAGGGUGUGGGAACUUGAGACAUUACAGUGCAUUCAUACUCUGACAGAUCACACAUCAGUUGUAAUGUCUGUUCUUUGCUGGGAUCAGUAUUUAUUGUCAUGUUCUCUGGACAAAACAAUGAAGGUCUGGGCUCUUACCGAGAGUGGAAAGUUGGAAGUCAUUUACAACCGUGAAGAACAUGGUUUGCUAGCGCUCUCUGGGAUGCCUGAUGCACAAGGAAAACCUGUGUUGAUAUGCUCAUGCAAUGACAACACCGCUCGUCUCUAUGACCUGCCAUUGUUUACGGAAGGAGGAAAAAUUUAUGCCAAAGAGGAGAUUCGAGCUAUUCAAACUGCUCCUGGUGGUUUAUUUUUUACUGGGGAUGGAAAUGGUGAUCUAAAAGUGUGGAAGUGGACUGAACAAUCACCCCCAGCAGCAGCAACAAUACACCAGUGAUGUAAACUGCAUACUGGCAGUGUGGAGUGGAGUUCUGGACAUUAUAAGAUUGAAGAUUGUUGUCAGCAAUUAAUAACUACAUUCAGUGAAGUUCACAAAAGUGAAAUAUUUUUCCGAUGAACCAAGAAAACAAAAAAAUGCGGCAAUCAAAGACAUGAAAAUGAUGUCAAAGCUUCCAUUCUUUUAGUUUGGGUUUAAUUUUUCAUGAGAGUUUGUAAUCUUUCGAGUCUCAUUUAUAUGUAACAUUGUAUUAAAAACAAAAUGCCGAAGUAUGAUAAUGAAUGAA